AUUCACUCCGGGUCUGUGCGAUGCUAUGUCACCGGAGCGCACUUCUGCACCUUGGUGGAUCAAACUCCAGCGCUUGGUGUUGGUAGCUAGCGUGCUGGGACCAUGGCAGGCAUGGCUUGCCCGAGGGCCAUUUCCAGGCCAUUCAAACAGCAGAUGUCCUGCCCGAAAGGCGGCCAAAGAGGGCGCUGGAGAAAGGAACCUGUGGCGUGAGGCACCCGAGCAGGCCCUGGCAGAUGCAUUGGCCCAAGCAGAUGCCAAAUGGCUUUUGCUACAGGCUGAGGCGGAUGCUGGUGAGAAGGACGGCGAUGCUGCGGAGAAGCGCUCAUGGCGGGCUGCUGCUGUUAUGGCUGAUAGCGCCCUGGACAGGCUGCGGCCCUACACUAUUCCCGCCAAAUACUUGGAUAUCCCACCCUUGCGAGGUGCUGAGGAAGCUUUGCUUGAUUUUCUCGGUGAAAAUUCUGGCCUGGUGUUCAACUUCCUGUCGAAGGUGGAAACCAUCUCUCCAGCAGGUCGCGCUUUCUGGCAGGCAGAGCUUUAUCUCCGUCAGCUAGAUGACAUAGCUGGAGAGACCGAGGUGAAACAAGCAGCCGUCGAGGCGAAAGACCGAGUGGAAGCGGAACCAGAAGAGAUGCAGAACGCCAUCCGAGGAAGUGUGUUGUUGGCACGGCAGAACUUUAUCUCUGCAGCUCGCUUUGGAUACUUCCUUCGGCGAGGUUUGCAACGCCUAGACCUGGAGAGAAGUUUGGGCCAAGGAUCUGGCAGCUUGUCGGAUUGGAUGGGGUCUCUGACACCUGCAGAUGCAGUGGAACUAGCGCGAGCUGCCACAAAGGAGGCUCAACGUGCUGUGCAACACCAUGCUACGCAGCUGUUUGGCAGCGAGAUUGAGCUCCUCCAGCAGCUUGACUAUGGUCCUGACGCCGUGCAGCAGCUCCAGCUUUCAGACGAAUCGCGUAGACGUCUGAGUUUGGAGGCAGCUGCCUUUGGUGCAGCUUUGUUCGAUGCAGAGAGCUCUGCUGGGAGGCGGUACAGGCUUGAGUACACGGCUACAGGGAGCCGUGCAGAUGGCCCUUUGGGUUGAAUUGCUUUGAGAAAA